CUAAAACCAAAAACAGGAUGCCGAAAAGAAGGAAACAGCGUGGAAAAAAGCAGUCUUCAAAACAGAAUCCUGGAACAGAUGAGGUACAGGAUCAGGUAGACAAUCAAAUUCCUUCAAAAACAGCUGAGGAAGGAUUCGAAGAAAGUGGAUACAAGGUCAAUCCUUACACGAAUGAGCCUGUGCAACCAUUCCUUGGCGCAUUGGAUCCUGAAGAAGAAAAAUAUUUUCAAGAAGCAGAAAAGGCUUUUGUUAGUCAUUUUACGCGUGAUAAUGAGGAGACACGGUAUUUUAUUGAUAGCGUUUAUCGUGAAGUAAAAGGAAAAGAGUUAAUAGUUUUGAAUAAUGUCUUUGGUUCCAAGGUACUAGAGCAUAUGUUUCCUUUGGCAACACCUAGCCAAAUUAAGUCUAUCUUCUCGUCUCUAAAUGGUCAUUAUUUAGAGAUUACACAAACAACGUUUGGAUCUUAUGCCUUUGAAAAGCUCUUAAGUCACAUGGCAGAGAUUGUUGAUCUAGAAUGCAGAGGAGCUUUGGACAAUGAAGAAGAGAUGUUAGAAGGAGAAGAUCAAGUGUUCAUCACGGCAGAGUCGCUAGUGAUGUUUAUGUGCAACGAAAUACGACCUGAUUUCUCUGUCCUUAUCAAUCAUAAACUUGCUGUCCACGUACUGCAUAAGAUCCUUAUGUUAUUAGAUGGAUAUCGAUUUAUCUACACUGAAGGUCGACGCGAGUCCAUGGUACGUAUACGGGUCCCUGAAACUUUCCCUCAAUUUGCACAUUCCAUCAUUGAUAGUGCAGUGGAAAAUUUGAGUGCUUCAGAACUGCGUAACUACUGUGUGGAUCGCUAUGCUUCUAAGAUCAUGCAAGCAUUUGUUCGCAUUGAUUUUGAGCGUGCACAAAGUGGAAAAAAGAAAAAAGCUGCACCGCUGGCUGAUAAAUUGCUACUUUCUCCUGAUAACAAUCUGAAAGAAUUACCUUUUCUUGAUACUCUACUAAAAGACGAAGCUGCAUCCCGUAUUUUAGAGAUCAUUGUUGAAAAGAUGCCCAGUUCCCAAAUUCCUAGGUUUCGGGAAGCCUUUGAAGGCCGCUUUUAUCGGCUGUGUGUGCAUCCCAUUGCUAAUUUUGUCAUGCAACAAUACAUUAUGCGACUUCCUUUGGAAGAGCUCGGGUAUGUGGUACAAGAGUUGAAGCAGGGCUCCGAUAAUGUGGUACGUAAAUCUUCCUUGGCAGUCUUGAAAACUCUUCUACAGAGAUGCAAUACCCUUCAAGCCCAUCAGCAUGAAUUGGCCUCUUUAAUUUUUGCUUCUGCCGUGGAUGAAGGAAAGAAACAAAACAUAAUACCUACCCUUUUGCGCUCGAAGCACAAACGAGAUGUCAACGAUGCUGAUAAGAAGAGGAAACUGGUUAAUAACAUGCUAGGCGCACAAUUAUUAGAAGAGUUUCUUAACGGUCCUAAGGAAUAUAUUCAGGUCAUUCUUGAUAAUAUUUUGGAACUCCCUCGUGAACAGCUUCUGGAAUACUGUCAAGAGACGGUUUCUUCUCAUUUGAUUGAAAAAAUAUUGGAUUGGCCAGACCUAGAUUUCGUUUUUCGUAAGAAGUUCCUGAAUAUGUUUUCGGGUGCCAUUGUGGAAUUGUCCGUAUCGGCGCCGGGUUCUCACAUCGUUGACAAGCUUUGGAAAGCUUCUCUUGGGUUGCCUCUUUACAGAACUCGCAUUGUUCAAGAACUUGCCCAGGGUGGUGACGAAAUCAAGUUUGACUUUUAUGGCAAAAAAGUAUGGUCGAAUUGGAAAGUGGAACUGUUUCGCCGUGCUCCAGAUGAAUGGUAUCGUUUUAUGAAACAGGAUGAACCAGUGAAACGAGUUCAUGAGAAAGCUCGCAGUAUGCCGAGUACGUCUGCAAACGCUCAACCACUCCGAAAGAGACCAAACAUGGAAGAAAGUACAAGUGAGACAGACAAGCGUGUCAGGGCUUAGUUUGUUGCAAACUCACGAAAAAUUACAACUUUAUUUAUGCUUAACUCGGAACUAGGUUUUUUUGCUUAUAAUUUCAUUGGAUUUUGGGGUGUUCAUAAUAAAUACUACGAUUUUGAUCAUCGA